UAUUGCCCCUCUCUCGCCUGUAAUCUUGCCCGUAGUCAUAACGGCGAACGGAUUCGCAUAUAACGACUCGAGAAGUGACCCGAAAAAACACAAUUCGCCACCAUGACAACUUUCCCUAGCUUGUUUGAUAGUUUUCCACUCUUUGCGGCUUGUUUUCUUGUUGUUUCAAUCUCCACUGCCAGAGCUGACUUCUGUGAGGUGAAUGUGUGUCUGAAUGGAGGAACUUGUGUGACGGGAGAUGGGAAAGAUUCCUUUAUCUGCAUCUGCACCGACGGCUUCACUGGAAACACCUGCAACGAGACAGAGAUUGGAAACUGCAACCCUAACCCCUGUAAAAAUGAUGGUGUCUGUGAGAUCAUCGCCAACUCGCAACGAGGAGAUGUCUUCAGCGAAUACAUGUGCAAGUGUCCAAUAGGUUUUGAUGGAAUCCACUGCCAGAACAAUGUGAAUGAAUGCGCCGGCCAACCCUGUCAGAAUAAAGGCAUCUGUCGAGAUCUUGAUGGAGAUUUCACCUGUAAAUGCCCCUCCCCAUAUGUCGGAAAGCAUUGCCAACUGCGCUGCAUCUCUCUGCUGGGGAUGGAAGGAGGAGGAAUCGCAGAGUCUCAGAUCUCUGCCUCCUCUGUGUACUAUGGCAUUCUGGGGCUGCAGCGCUGGGGGUCCGAGUUGGCCCGACUGAAUAACAAGGGACUCGUUAAUGCCUGGACGUCUGCAACACAUGACAAGAAUCCCUGGAUCGAGAUCAACAUGCAGAGGAAGAUGCGUUUCACUGGCAUCAUCACCCAGGGUGCCAGUCGCAUGGGCACGGCAGAGUUCAUCAAAGCCUUUAAGGUGGCAUCAAGCUUGGAUGGGCGAACCUAUACCAUGUACAGGCUAGAGGGUCAGAACAAAGAUAUGGUCUUUGUUGGGAACAUGGACAAUGAUAGGACAAAGACCAAUUUGUUUGACCCUCCAAUCAUAGCUCAGUACGUUCGAAUCAUUCCUAUUGUGUGUCGUAAAGCCUGUACGCUGAGAAUGGAGCUGGUGGGCUGUGAACUCAAUGUGUAUUUGAACAUGACAGGUUGCUCCGAGCCACUGGGUAUCAAAUCACGUCUGAUCAAUGACGGGCAGCUGACAGCUUCCAGCACUUUCCGCACCUGGGGCAUCGAGGCCUUUACCUGGCACCCGCAUUAUGCCCGUCUGGACAAGCAGGGCAAGACCAACGCCUGGACCGCAGCCACCAAUAACCACUCAGAGUGGCUGCAGGUGGAUUUACUCCGACCAAAGCGCAUCACUGGGAUCAUAACGCAAGGAGCCAAAGACUUUGGUAAUGUGCAGUUUGUGUCAGCCUUUAAAGUGGCUCACAGUGACGACGGCAAGUACUGGACCAUAUUUAAAGAUGACAAGACGAAAACAGAUAAGAUUUUCCCUGGCAACAGUGACAACAACGUGCACAAAAAGAACGUGUUCGAGCCCCCCUUCUACUCACGAUUUGUCCGCAUCUUGCCGUGGGCGUGGCAUGAACGCAUUACCCUGCGAAUGGAGCUGCUGGGCUGUGAUGAGUAAAUCUCCUCCCACCUCUUUCUCUUCUCUUUUAUUUUUCCCUACAUUCCUUCUCCUGUGAGCCACACCUGCACUGCCUCACUCUUAGCAACAGAGGGCACCAACACCACACAACCAUGCACAGCUGGGGGACUGACUUAUCUUUCUUGCAGCUUGUGACCCACACCCACAGCCUGAAUUGUUUAGCAUUAUACAUAAAUUAUACAGUAAAUGCUAAAAUCUACAUUGAUGUUUAUUUGCCCUAGAUGUGCCCAUAUUAGGCAAUUGCUUAAUUUUAUAGAAGUGAAGAACUACAUUAAAGAAAAGAAAAAAAUACUAUAGUUUUGGAAAAAUGUAAACUGUACAUACCAAAUAUGUCAAUGUAUUUAUUUUCACAGUAGUCAUUAGUCAGUUGGGUGUAAAUGCUGUCAUAUUGUUUUAUAUCUUAGCUGAUAAAGUAGUUUAAAUUAGCAAAUUACCAAAUCAGGACUCUUAAAAAUAUUGUUGUUUUUGUUGUGCUCUAGUAUACUAAUUUGUACAUUGUGAAAAUACUAAAACUGUUUUUUUUAACAAUAUUUGCUGUAAGUCACUUAGGUUUUGACAUGUCUUAGAGCUAGACUUAUGCAUUUAAUGUGACUAGUUUUUCAGUCAAUCAUUUAUUAUCAUUUGAUUUGUAUUGUUUAAAUUUGAUUCUUUGGCCAGAGCUGCCAUGGAUCUCAGGUGCAGUUGAAUCUGUGUGCUACUGAAUUUUAUUAUUUUUAUUUUAUUUUUCCAGCAAAAUUAUGAAAUAAAACAAAAGUUUUGAUACAAACAACAUUGUACUCUCAAAAGCCAAAGUGGUCUCAUCUUUCUUGUUAUGAUGUCCUUGCAAAUGUAUAAUUUCCCUUCUAUUUAAAGUGGGGCCACACUUCAAGCAGUAUAUGCUUAGAUAUACCCAAUCACUGAUCACACAUGCAGUAUUAAAGCUCUUGCAUAUUAAGAUGCGAGGAGGGGGGUGGGUGCAAAUCUAAUUUAAUUUAUGUGGUGGCACUGAAUAUCUCAUAUGACCGUCCAGUCUACAGUGCUUUCAAAAUGAUGCAUUGUGACCCCCAACCCAUCCACUCUAAUAAAUUUACAAUUUUGGGCUUGUGCAAUAUGAUAUAAGAAUUAAGGGGAAAAUGUAUGGGCAGGAUUGCCUGAGAUGUUUUCUGAGAUGAAUUUAAGUGGGUUAUUCAAGGUAACAAACACUGAAGAAUAAUAAUAGCAUAAUCCAGCAUGGUUCUGUAUUUUGGCUGCAUGCAUUUCUUUUUUUCUUUUGUACUCAGUACCAAUUUGUACCAAUGUUAGCAUUUGAUUUUCACACAGCAUCUUUGUUAUUUCUAUUAGGUGUUUUCUUUCAAUUAUUAUUAUUAUUUUGUUUAAUGCCUCCCACUGUAACGUUCUUCUUGUGUUCACAUUGUUUAUACUAGUUGCAUUUAUGUAGUAUCUCUUGAAAUAUUUUCCUCAUGUUCUUAACUGUUGG